GCGGAAAGGGGGUUGGGAGUUGCUGCUCCGCAUUGGAGGGGAGGUGCGCAGGAUGCUAGACGCGUCUGCUGUCAUGCGGAGGACGGUGGCAUUGUGUGAGACUGUGCACUGUACUCAUCGUGCAGAAUUUCAAGUUUACCAGCCCGAUCGCAGUAGCUCCAGGUUGAAACGGGGCUGGAAGGGAGGCGACAGGAAACAGAGACGAUUAUGAGGGCCGAAGACCUGGCACUGGAUUGUCAAUUUGCAUUGACCUGGGUGACGGAGGCAGUGACGGAGGGAUGACGGAGGUUGUGGGGAUCGUCCGCUGAUGAGCUUUUUUUCUACUUCUCCUCGUUUGCGUCGCUACACCCGGCUUCCUGCAAACAGUAUCCCCUUAGAUUGCUUUACUUCACCCUCCGUCAAUUUCCCAUUGCUUUCCUUACUUGCACCUCCCACAUAAGCCGCAUCACAUCUUCGCAGGUUCAUAUGACUUGGUUUACCAUGUACUAUUUCGCACGAGGAGGUCUCAUCAAUGAUCCCACGCCCUCCCUUCACUGAUGCAGAGUUUAGAUCACGUUAGUCAAGAGGUCUGGACAUACGUGCAUCCAACGUGCUUAAGCUCAGAGCUGCUUGGGGUUUACUACUACAUGCAAGCCUGUGGAGGAAGAAGUAGGGCGAAGUGUGAGUCGAGGAAAGGAAUGUGCUUAGUUUGGGGUUGUUGAAGGCGAUUUUUUCUUGGUAUUUGAAGAUCGUGGCGAAACAGGGUGUUGGAGCGGUCAAUUCUUGGAGCAUUCGGGGGAUCCUGGUUUGGAAUGUUUGUUCGGGCGUGUUGGUACCAAGGGUAGGCGUAGAGCCGAGGAGUGCGGGAGAGUUUGUAAGCUGCCCCACGGAGGGGCAGUGAGUGGGGCGGAUGUAUCGUUGGUUUGCUACAUGUGGGUAACCCUAAUGGUUGAAAAUCGGGGCUAGUGUAGAUGGGUACGAGGACAACGGACAGAAAGAAAAAUGAUGAAGCGAUGAUGGUGGGAGUAGGGCGGUGGGUUGAAUUUUGAGAGCUGUAUGGUUUGGGAAAAUUUUCAAGGGUGUGGAUUGGGGGGGGAUCUGUGUAACGCAGAUGUCAUCGAUGGAGGGAGAUGUAGAAGAUAGCGGCGACCGGGAUUUUUUGUCGCUUGGAACAACAAGCAGAAGCACAAGUAGUGCUCAGAUAGUAGGAUUUCCAGCAAGGCAAGCAAGUGCAGGAGCAGGGGAAGAAUCUAUGUAUCUUAAUAUGAUGUCCUCUCUUUCGAGAAAUGGCCUAAAUAUGUUGGCGGGUGGUGCGAAUAGUGGAUUUAGUUUGAAACCUCCUACCGUUGGAAACCUUAGCAUUUCUCCUGGAAUGCCGAGCUUGCGCAACUUAGGUUCGGGGGCGGGCAGUGAGAGGACGGGUAUGGUAUCCGGCGGUGGUUUCACAGGAUUCUACAGGUCGAGUGUUCCCAGCACCCGGCUCGGAUUACCAGGGACUGGGUUACGGCUCGUUAGUGAGGAUUUGAAGGGCAAAGACGAGGCAGGGGUAUAUACUUCUCUUCGAGAAGAAAGUGGACGAUUUGCUGACAAGAUUGAGCUGCCGCUGGAAACUGACUUGCAAAACUUAUCGGCAGAUGAAAAUUUGAAGCUAAUUCUCAAACUUGGGACGCGUUGGCCCACUUGGAAUGGAACAACAGCAUCACAAGCAAAUCGAAGGGCGAUCGAUCGCAAAGAAGAGGGAAUACAGGAGCGCGUUCCAAGUGGGACAUCUGACGCUGUGCAGAAAGAACAAAACUCUUUAAGGUUACUCGCUAGUCGGGCCUUGGAAGCGCUUGCUCAGACACCUGCUGGUCAUUAUGGCAGACCUACCAGGGCCAUGUCUGCUCCAAGGCAAAAAACAGAAGAGAUCAUAAUAACUAAAGCAACUGGAGAUGCCCCAGAGCUUUUUCCAAAAACAGUUGAACCAACCUCGACUGUCCCCAAGCAAUCAGCUUCGGUAGCCUUAGCAUCCACUUCAUCGCGAGAAAUGCCUGCUCCUAAGACCCCUUCGAAACGGCCUCGAACUGCAGCUCUAACGAUCUUUUAUGACGGAAUCGUGAGUGUCACUGACAAUGUUCCGGCAGACCAGGCACGCCUUAUUAUGAUAUUUGCUGAAAAAGCAGGGAUUCCUGAUAAUGCUCAAGCACCGAAGCCUGUAACACCAUUGUCAGGAGCUUCAUCUCAACCUAAGCCUACUCCAGUCGUUACCCCUACCUUAGAAUCUGAACCAUUACAAGAACCUCGGGAAUCCAAUCCCUCUUCUGUUCCCUCUGCUCCGGUACCUUCAGGUAAUCCUGUCGAAGGUUCAACCUCUGUCCAAAAGCCUACAGAGAGUUCAGAUCCUGCAAAGACGACCUCCACCGAGCUGUCCUCAGCUCCUCUCAAGCCGAUAAUUACGAGUGAGGGCUCAUCUCAACCAUCGAGGCCAGACAUGAUGGCGAAACCUCUGCCUACUGCUCGGAAAAGCUCACUCAGGCGUUUCUUGGAUUCUCGAAAAAGAAAGAGUGGGCAGUCCUCGGACAAGGGACCAUCAAAACCCGCAUUUGUGGGAAUCGGAAGUGAUGCAGAAGGUUUGAAGGGUAGUGGAAAGUUACCAAUGUCAGGCGUGUGCAGUCAUGUAUCCGUGGACAAGGAAGGGACUGCCAUGUGUAUCGAUGCUGCAGAAAGAAUAUUAACAGAUGCUGAGAUGAAGGAUUCUCUUGCAAAGUAGGACUUGGCUAUGAUAAUCAGUUCAAAUAUCAGGCCAAAAAGAAAACAUUAUUGGUCAGAUAUACAAUAACCAGGUUUAAAAUUUUUGUUCGUUGCCAUUCUUCUGGCUUGUUGUUGAAGGUGAGCCAAUGUACAGGAUGCAUCAAGGUAUAGAUGGUUAAUUGAGGGGCAAAAAUGACUCCGUACCUAAAGGUCUUGUAAUCGGCGUCCCACCAAUUCUCUAGACUACCAAAGAUUAAUAUUACAUAUUUCUGGUCAGGUUCUGAUGAUCCUGAUCUCGAUAGCUUUGGAGAAUUGGGUUGUGGAGUAAUUAAAAGAUUUGAGCUGUAGAGUUAUUGGAGCUGUCGGCCUUGUUUCAAGUGGUGGAAUACCUGAUUUGGAGCGGGAUGAAUGUCCCGUGGUGAUGAAUCUCUAGCUUUCAGAAAUUUGGAACCGAUUUAAUGCUCAAAACUGGCCUGCUGCUGGUGACAAGGGUGAACGGAAGUCCCAACAAUGGUGCUUUCUUCUCUUGUCAAUUUUUGCAACGAU